UCUGCUCCCAUUGGUCCACCGGGUCGGAGUCCAGAGAACAACAAACAAGAUAGGGUGAAGACCGUCGGGAUGGAUGCAGCAACCUUGACGUACGACACACUUCGCUUUGGAGAGUUUGAAGAUUUUCCUGAGACCUCGGAGCCCGUGUGGAUCUUGGGGAAAGAAUACAACGCACUCAUAGAAAAAGAUGAGAUUUUAUCAGAUGUCACGUCACGACUGUGGUUCACAUACAGAAAAAACUUCCCACCAAUUGGUGGGACAGGACCAACAUCAGAUACAGGAUGGGGAUGUAUGUUACGGUGCGGCCAGAUGAUCCUGGGCGAGGCCUUGGUGUGUAGACAUGUAGGCAGAGACUGGAGAUGGGCCCGAGGCCAGAAACAAAGAGAAGAGUACAUCAGUAUUCUCAACGCCUUCAUUGACAAAAAAGACAGCUAUUAUUCCAUCCAUCAGAUUGCUCAAAUGGGAGUUGGAGAGGGGAAGCCUAUAGGCCAGUGGUAUGGACCGAACACAGUCGCCCAGGUUCUAAAGAAGCUGGCAGUGUUUGACACAUGGAGCAGAUUAGUCGUACACGUGGCGAUGGACAACACUGUGGUCAUCGAGGAAAUCAAGCGUCUCUGUAUGCCCUGGCUGGACGUUGCAGGAGCCUGUGGUGGACCAGAAGGCGUGGGGGAGCUCAACGGCUGCCUGGAGGGGGCGUGUGCCCUCACAGAGGAGGAGACGGCUCUCUGGAAACCUCUGGUCCUGCUCAUCCCCCUCAGGCUGGGCCUGAGUGAUAUAAAUGAGGCCUACAUUGAAACCCUCAAGCAAUGCUUCAUGCUGCCUCAGUCCCUGGGUGUUAUUGGGGGAAAACCCAACAGUGCCCAUUACUUCAUUGGUUAUGUCGGAGAGGAGCUCAUCUAUUUAGACCCGCACACCACUCAGCCUGCAGUGGAUCCAUGUGAAGACGGCCAGGUCCCCGAUGAGACGUACCAUUGUCAGCACCCUCCCUGCCGCAUGCACAUCUGUGAACUGGACCCAUCCAUCGCAGCGGGUUUCUUCUGCAGAACAGAGGACGAGUUUGAUGACUGGUGUAUGCGCAUAAGAAGGCUGUCCUGCAACAAAGGUGGCCUUCCCAUGUUUGAACUAGUAGACAGUCAGCCCUCCCACAUGGUCAGCGUGGAUGCCCUUAACCUUACUCCUGAUUUCUCAGACUCGGACAGGUUGGAGCGGUUCUUUGAUUCAGAAGAUGAAGAGUUUGAGAUCCUUUCCCUGUGAGGAACAUACGAACAAUGAUUUGCCGUUCGGGACAGUUGGCGAGAUAUUCUGUGUCUCUUCUCUGUGUCAGAAGGGAAGCCUGAGGGGAUGAACAUGAACUGGAGACCUCUUGAGCCAGUCCAGCUCCAAUGGUGUAGUCAGUGUGUGUCACACAGCGUUCUUCGCAACAGCCUCUG